AUGGAAGAGCUGGUAAAAUCACUCAAACAGUAUCUAGAGAGCUCCAGCAUGGGGGAGUACUCUGCUCGCCUGGAUAUUCUAAUGGCAUUUCAUUGUCACCUUCUCAACACAGAGUCUUCAGAGAAACGAGAUAAACUGCUGCAUCUGCUGUGGAACAUUCACCUGUUUUACUCACAGUUUCAAGAUGUCAUCAGCUCACAGAUUGCACAUCUGCGAGCUCCCAUUGAAAAAGAAUUGAAGGGUUUUGUCAAAAUUGCCCGUUGGAGUGAGAUGAACUACUGGGCACUGAAAGAUUCUACAGAGAAAACCCAUAGGACUGUUCACAAACACACGCGAGCUUUCCAGGCUAUCCUUAACCAACCAGUGAAAGGCUUGCUGGGAGAAAGGCCUUCUGACUUUUUGCUGACCUCUGAGGUGGAGGGGUCAGGGAAUAGCUACAGUGACCGUGUAAUCCACAAACUUUUCCCAAUUGACCCAGCUGUCGCUGGUGGACACCUUUUUAAGACAGCUGCCUACUUGUACCCUGCAGCAGAAGCUUGCCCCUUGAGCCAACGUGCAUCCAAACAUUGGCAUUCCAUAUUGCAAACCUCAGCCAUUUUUCAGGAUGUUUCCACUCUUGAUGAUCUGACAGGUGAUUUGAUAGAUCAGAUUCAGGAACUACAGAAGCUAACUGUUUCACAGAGCUUAAACAAAGAGAAGCAGAAAGCAGAGGCACGGCACAUCAACUUACGGAAGCGCAAGGCACUCGCUGAUCUUUUCAAAGAGUUGGAAGACUUAGGUUUAUCCUAUAGAAAGGGACUGAAUAAAGAAAAGACCAGCUUUGUGGAUGAUGCUUUGAUGUUACCACCGUUGGAUCCUUUAGCUUCUCUGGAUAAGAGUGACCCACUUGUCUGCCUAUGGGAGGGAUGCAACUCAUACUUCACACGUUGUCUGUCUCGCAUGGCACGAUUCAUGACAGCUUUGCAGUCUUCUCCUUCAAAGGAACUAGGGCCAGGUAACUUAGAGCGCUGUCGUGGAUUCAUUGAACACCUAACAGAUAUCUACCUGAGACAGCGUGUGGAACUGACAGAUACUGUUAACCAAUUUAUUAUUCUGAAGAAGCUGCUGAAAUUAGUGACUUUGCUGCAGCUUUCUAACAAUUGGCUGCCUCCCCAGACAUCUGCCAAAAAAUGGCUGGAAGAGGCAAAAGGGCAGGCCAUCAGCCUUGUUCAGGGUCUAAUGCAGGUUUCCCUGCUGUUGCAAGCCUGUCCAGCAGCAAAUGACCCACAUCUGCAUGGUCCGAUGUCUCCUUUCUUGACCAGCCAGUUGUCAGCAGCUGCCCACAUGCAGUCAGGGGACACGCUCUGGACAUACUGUGUUGACAGAAUAAAGACCUUCCUGUUAACAGCAAAAGCAGAGCACACCAAGCUUAUGGUCAUCUCUGACAACCUCAUGGUCACAAGCACUGACUUUGAUACCAUCUCAAAUAGUAUUGAGGAGCUUGCAUCAAUUGGACGAGGGUUGGGGGAAAUAAAAGACAUUCUUGGUUGUCAGAAUGAGAACAGCAUUUGUGAGAAAGAAAACUGUUUGACCUCAACCAUCACAUUCAUGUCAUUUGCCUUACUUCGGAUGGAGAGCAACUUCCAGGUCUGGAAAUCAGCCAUGAGGGAAAAUCUUACCUGUGGAGCAAGCACUGUACAGCAGAAACCUAGACGACAUCAUCACAUAUGAUCUUUCUGACAACGUGACUUUUCCCUCUUCAUAUGGAGCUCUUUCUUCGGGGUCUGCUGGUGCAGAUGUUGCUGCUUUUGCAUCAAAGAUGGAAAGUCUUGUGGAAGCUGUGCUGUUGUCGAAUUCAGAAGCUUGUAAAAGUGCCAGAAAGAAAAGUUAAGCAAAGACAAAAGAGACAGCUCUCUACAAGAAGCUGAAUCAAAAGUCAGCAGUGAUAACGUUGAAAGUGAAGCAGAUGAUGACAAAGAGAGUUUAAAAGAAAACCACCUGAUAGAGUUGACCAGUAAGCUGCAGCACUACAUUAUCUGUCUUCAGUGUCCACAGGUGAACAGGCUUAUUCAGGAACUGCACAGUUUUCUGGAGAGAACAUCAGAAAAUGUGCCUGUGGUGGACAAUGACCUACAGUGAACACAGCAUCUGUCUGUAUGAAGUUGCUGACUCGCUGCAGCCCAUUGCUUGGCAUCUACAGCAACAUGGUUGGGGUGCAUGUGGCAGAGGCUCUGUGCCUUCAUCGCACCAUGGGCAAAAUGUU